AUGGCUGCCCUUGGCAUCGCCAGCCCCAUUGGCAUCAAACCCCGCCACCACGAGGAAGUCAACCCUCGGCAACAUGAGGACAUCACGCCUCGACACCACGAAGAGAUCCGACCGAGGUCUCACAAUGUUCCAAGCUUCGAGACAUUGAAGCACGAAACAGCCAUUGACGCAAGUUCUGCCAUCUCCAAGAUGAUUCCUGGUGUUGGCAAUAACUGGGGAUGCAAUCAUAUACCUGGACCAAGCCCUCUUGACUGCCCAGCCCUUUUCGCAAAGAUACAAUCUGGGCAAAAGGAUGGAGCUGAUGUAUCGGCCGACAGAACUUGCUUCAGCCAAACCCACGGCUCAUGCAAGGCCAUCGUCUGCGCAUCUGGCGGAAUCCACAAUAUCGACUUCUCGUUGACAACUGCACGGAUGAUGAACCCCAUUCAAACAACAUGCAUUGUGAAUGGGAAGAGCGGGUACUGGUGGAACGAGAAACGCUCAGUCUACGUCUUGGUCACGCGUGGCAACUAG